AUGACAGUCAAUCUGGCCACGCUACAGACGGAGCAGAAGAACUCGCGGACGACCAAUAUCGACACGGUCUCGUCGCUGGAACUAUGCCGUAAGCCGGUCGGCCCCUGCAUGCUGGACAUGGGGGGGGGGGAUGCUAAAUCGAGGCGUGUCGUUGUAGGAGUGAUCAAUGCGGAGGACCGAACGGUGGCCGAUGCGGUCGAGACGUGUCUGCCGCAGAUCGCGGCGGCCAUUGACGUGAGCGUGGCCCAUCUCCUGGCCGGCGGCCGGAUCGUCUACACAGGAGCGGGCACGAGCGGAAGGCUUGGCAUCCUUGAUGCAUCUGAGAUUCCCCCGACGUUUUCAUCGCCACCCGGCCAGUUUGUCGGCUUGAUCGCCGGAGGCGACCAGGCCAUCCGAAAUGCCGUCGAAGGUGCCGAGGACUCGGAGGCACAGGGCGCGGCCGACCUCGCUGCGCUGUCACCGCCGCUCAGCAAGCUGGACGUGCUCAUCGGCAUCGCCUCGUCGGGCCGCACGCCCUAUGUGCUCGGUAGCCUGAAGCACGCCCGGAGCGUCGGUGCGGCCAGCAUAGGGCUCGCGUGCGUCCGGCCGAGCGCCUUUGACGGCCAGUGUGACGUCCUGAUCGAGUGCGUGACUGGACCGGAGGUCGUCACUGGCAGCACCCGGCUCAAGGCAGGGACGGCGACGAAGAUGAUCCUAAACAUGAUCUCGACCGGGUCACAAAUCACCGUGGGCAAGACCUACGGAAACUUGAUGGUGGACCUGAAAAUGUCCAACGAGAAGCUGCGCGACCGGGCUCGCCGCGUGGUGCGGUCAGCCGUGCCAGACAACGCGGCCGUCAACGUGGAGCAGGAUGACGUGCUGGACGGGCUGCUUGCGCGGUGUGGCGGCGACGUCAAACUCAGCAUCCUCGUGGCUGCCCUGGGAUGCUCACCAGACGAUGGUCGGACGCAUCUGCAGGCCUCUGCAGGGUCGCUGAGACGGGCGCUCUCAGACGACAGGACCCGUAUCAGUCCCGUCCAGUUUAGCUGGACUAGUGCUGCUGUGUGCACCUCGACUUCGGGAUAUCCAGACACGGCCAUUUCUACGACCGGCAUUCUGACGAGUCAAGGAACAACUGCACCGCGCAUCAAGAUGGUCGUCCUCAAUGUCUUAGGGCUGAAUUGUGGCACGAGUGUUGACGGUAGGCUGCGGCCCAUUUUCUCCCGAAUGACAGACAGAGCGACUAACGAGCAGCCAGGCGUCGAUGUCGCCCACUGCCGGAUCUCGUCUGACCAGUCGCUGAGCGAUGUCCGGAUCGAGCUGCUGCAGUACACCGAGGUGGCGGUUGAUCCGGCGAUUCGAUCGCAGGUCCUGCGUCUAUGUCGGCCGAACCAGGCCGGCGCUGCGGCCACGUCCAUGGCCGAGGUGUGCGAUCUCAACUUCGCGUUGGGCCGAGAGUUUGCUCGCGCGGUCGAGCAGUCGGGCAUCGACCUGGCCGCCGUCGACCUGAUCGCGAGCCACGGUCAGACGCUCUGGCACGAGCCGGCGGCCGAGCACCGGUCGACGCUGCAGAUGGCCGAGCCGGCCGUGAUUGCACAGCAGACCAAGAAGACGGUCGUCUCGGGGUUCCGCGUCGCCGAAGUGGCCGCCGGUCGCCAGGGUGCACCGCUCUCGGGCUUCUUCGAGGCCUGUUUGCUGUCGGAGCCGGGCGUGACGCGGAAUCAAGCCAGAACCUCGGGGGGAUGGCCGACAGGAAACGCAACCGUUCUGCUGGACGCGACCAAGACCACCUCUACAGACCGGUCCUGCAGCUACUUUGCCUUUGACACCGGCCCCGGCAACGUCUUUAUCGAUGCUGCCAUGCGCAUCCUCACCGACGGCCGCCAGCAUUACGACCGCGACGGCGAGCUCGGCGCACGCGGCGAGGCGCAGAUCGACAUCGCCGACGUCGACGCGUAUCUCGCCAGCGAGCCGUACUUUGGCCGCCAGCCGCCCAAGACAACCGGCCGCGAGCUCUUCUCGGACGACGUGGCACGCGUCCUGGUCGAGCGGCUGCAGGCCCGCGGCCACUCGCCCGAGGCCAUCAUCGCCACCAUCACGCGCAUCACGGCCGAGUCGGUCGCUCGGGCCUACGAGGACUUUGUGCUGCCGCACUUGGCCGCCGGCGCCGUCAUAGACGAGAUCUACAUCUGUGGCGGCGGCGCCUACAACCCCAACAUCCUGCGCCAUCUGCAGGCGCGGUUUCCGCUCAGCCGGGUGGCCCGGCUCGACCAGGCGCCCACGCGGCUUGAGGCUAGCGCCAAGGAGGCAGUCCUGUUUGCCCUGCUCGGCUUCCUCUGCGUCUGCGGCCGCUCGGUGCCCGUAGCCGCUGACGCCGAGACUACGGAGCCGGCCAUUCUGGGCGUCGUCACGCCUGGCGACAAUUACCGCGACGUCAUGGCAGCUGUCGUCACGGAUCCGGCCUUUGGCCGCAGUAGCACACUCGGCCGCAUUCUCAUGGUCGAGCCGCGACAGGCAGAAGAGGCAUAG